AUGGCGCACAAGCGGGUAGAUGAUGAUUUAGCCUAUGGCGAGUCGUACGGCGAAAGGUGGGACAGAGAUCGUUUUGUCAUCGAGAGCGACCGCAACCGGCCGGUCGCAGAGAGAGAUCGCUUUGAGGAACAUGACCGUUAUUUCACUCGCGGCCCCAAAGGUCGGGUCCGUGAGACCUCAGUCGAUUCAAGGUUUGAGCGAAGGCCACCGCGACCGUGGGACGAUGAGCCUCCGAUUGAGCGAAGGUACUACGAUGACCCGCCACGUUUUAGGCGCUCUCCACCUCCUGAGAUAGAGCAACGUCUCAUCAUUGACCGCGAGAGAGACCGUGAACGGGAGCGUGGACGCGAGUUUCGCCAUCCAUCACCUCCCCGAAGACCGGGUCAGUUGCUUCGACGCCAAUCAUCGCUGGAUAUAUUUGAUCGACGCCCACCCCCGCGCUUUUUUGAAAAGGAGGAACCCGAACGUGAGCCGCCGCCUGUUCGUCGCGGAGAUUACCGUCCCGAGCCAUAUAAGCCUGUGCCCCUUCCACGAUCUCGAGCACUACCUCCGCCAAGAAUAUACGCAGAGCGCGACCUCGACCGUGACUUCGAGCGUGACUUCGAGGAAAUCAAGAUAUCUGAGCCUGACCGAUAUGGCGACGAAGAAUACCAUGCGUACCCCGAGCGCGUCCGAGAGAUGGAAAUCGUCAAAAGAAGGAAACGACGUGAUAGCGGCAAUUCGAGACGUGUCGAAAGCAUUCGAAGCAGGAGUACCGCAUCAGACGACUCGAGCAGCAGUGGCGGUACUACUGUCACCGUCAAGAGUGCUAAGAGUGUCAAGAGCGUAAAAAGCGAAUACCCCAAAAAGGGAAAGACGAGAAUCCCGGUUAGGCUCGUUUCCAAGGAGGCGCUCAUUGAUCUCGGUUAUCCAUUUGUUCAAGAGGGUAACGUCAUUAUCGUGCAAAAAGCUCUCGGUCAACAGAACAUUGACGACCUUCUGAAGCUGAGCGAGGAUUACAAGAAGUCUGAACAAGAGAUCGCCGCUGCCCGGUCGAGUGCCGGAGGUAUCAUGGAAGAAAGAAGAGAAGAAAUUUUCACCCUUCCACCGCCUCCACCGCCUAUUGCUGUACCACCCCCUCCAUCGAUUGUUCAUACUGCUGCUCCCGUUGCUCCCUCUCCGCCACCGCCACCACCCGUCGAAGUGGUCAAGGAAACUUAUAUCCGCGAGACCUCGCCUACUCGAAGCCAUCGAAGCCAUCGGAGCCAUUCCACCUCAACUACUCGCACCCCCGUCAUUAUAGAGCCACGAGAAUAUAGUGACGAGGUCGCCGUAGGUCCUCUCGCAUUAGUCAAUGACCGACGGCGCAGCGAUAGGGAAAUCCAGAUGGAAAUCGCACGACUCGAGGCGGAACGUGAGUUUUUGAGACCCGAUCGUCGGCAUCACCACCACCACUCUCACUCCCGCCACCGAUCCCAUAGUCACAGCACCGAACGUGAACGAGUGUCAGCCGAGCGUCUGCCGACAGGUGAACUUGUCCUCUAUGAGGAGCAGGUAGAGAGGAUUGAGGAACCACGGCGCGGGGUGCGCAUUGAGAAGGACAAGAAAGGUAGGAUGUCCAUCAGCGUGCCUAAGUAUCGCUAG